UUUCUAUAAACAAACGCAGCCCCUUCUGCAAUCUGCAUACUGAAAGCACUUUCAAGGAAGUGAUUUAGCCUCAAUCUCUCAUAUUACUCUCAUCCAGUUUCUACUUUCUCUCUUUUCUCAGCUGAAUUAAAAAAUCAUGUUUCUGGUGAGACCCAUUUUCAGAAGAACUCAUCAUCUUACACCCUCCAUUGGGGUUCUGCAAUCUUGUCAUGGCUACAGUUCUUCCUCAGAUGCUGCAAUUCAAGCCGAGAGGACCAUCAAAGAAGGCCCCAGAAACGAUUGGACCCUAACCGAAGUCAAAUCCAUCUAUGAUUCACCCAUUCUCGAUCUUCUCUUCCAUGGGGCUCAAGUUCACAGGCAUGCUCAAAACUUUAGGGAAGUACAGCAGUGCACUCUACUCUCUAUUAAGACAGGAGGGUGUAGUGAAGAUUGUUCCUAUUGUCCUCAAUCCUCUAGGUAUAACACAGGACUCAAGUCCCAAAGACUUAUGAACAAAGAUGCUGUUAUUGAGGCUGCCAAGAAGGCAAAAGAGGCCGGGAGCACUCGCUUCUGUAUGGGUGCGGCAUGGAGGGACACUAUAGGAAGGAAGACCAACUUCAACCAGAUCCUUGAAUAUGUAAAAGAAAUAAGGGAUAUGGGGAUGGAGGUGUGUUGCACCCUUGGCAUGCUGGAGAAACAGCAAGCUGUUGAACUCAAGCAGGCAGGUCUCACAGCCUAUAAUCACAAUCUUGAUACCUCAAGGGAAUAUUAUCCAAACAUAAUUACAACAAGGACAUAUGAUGAGCGCCUAAAAACCCUUGAAUUUGUUCGUGAUGCAGGGAUUAAUGUUUGUUCUGGAGGAAUUAUUGGGCUUGGAGAAGCAGAGGAGGACCGUGUAGGUUUGUUACAUACAUUGUCGACACUCCCCUCUCAUCCAGAGAGUGUUCCUAUUAAUGCACUUGUUGCUGUAAAGGGAACCCCUCUCGAGGAUCAGAAGCCUGUUGAAAUAUGGGAGAUGAUUCGAAUGAUAGCCACGGCGCGCAUCAUAAUGCCUAAAGCAAUGGUCAGGUUAUCAGCCGGUAGAGUUCGGUUCUCCAUGCCUGAGCAGGCACUGUGCUUUCUUGCUGGUGCAAAUUCUAUCUUCACCGGCGAAAAGCUCCUCACUACUCCCAACAAUGAUUUUGAUGCUGAUCAACUCAUGUUUAAACUUCUGGGACUGCUCCCAAAAGCGCCAAACUUAGAUACGAAUGAAACCAGUGAUGCAGAGAAUUACAAGGAAGCUGCUGCUUCUAGUUGAGUUGAUCAACAAUUGUCUAACGUCUGUGGUCCUUCAACUUCUGCAACUGGCAGUUGAUCCACAUUUUCUCUCUUUUCUCCUUUCCCUAGGAUAACUUGAAUAUUAGGUGUCAUGGAAUUUGCCUAUUCUAUGGCUUGAAAACUUAUGACUAUCAAACAAUUAGAUAUGUAAGUUGAAAACAUUUUUAUUUUUC